AUGCUGACAAUUUUUUGCCGCCACCAGGUUCUCGCCGUUGACCUUCUCAACCCCUCCCCCGCGGCUGAGGCCCGCAAGCACAAGCUGAAGACGCUUGUCCCCGGCCCCCGCUCCUUCUUCAUGGACGUCAAGUGCCCCGGCUGCUUCACCAUCACCACCGUCUUCUCGCACGCCCAGACCGUCGUCGUUUGCCAGGGCUGCUCGCAAGUCCUGUGCCAGCCCACGGGUGGCAAGGCCCGCCUGACCGAGGGCUGCUCUUUCCGCAGGAAGUAA